UGUGAGAGGGACUCUCCCUUUCCCUGAAUAGCAGCUAAACCCGAGUGACAUUCUCUGGAGCUGCAGGGGUGCUGCUCUUCAAGAGAGACCUUCUCCACCUGCCUGGUCUUGUGACCCUAGCCCAGAGAGGCAGCAAAACCUUUCUUCUGAUCCCCAGUGGCUCCUGUCCCGGGACCCAUCUCCUCCACGUGUGUACAAUACCAGCCCUCCGGUCGCCUCCAUGUAUCAACCAAGCGUGUUCAACUAUGAACGUCCCAAGCACUUCCUCCACUCUCAGAACACGUGUGGAACCAGGGCAGGGACAGAAACAUCUACAUUGCCCUCCAACCCAACCAAACAGUCUUCCAUUUUAAUCCAGCCUCGACAGUGCACCGAGCAAAGGUUUUCUUCCUCAUCGUCGGUGAGCUCGCGGAUAACAGUGUCUUCAUCCACUUUUCCUACUGCUGCACAACAGCCCGGACAGCGAGUCUCAACCUCAUUUAGCCAGUCUCCGGCAGGCUUCCUCAGCUCCAUACUGCCAUCCCAGCCUGACAGUAGCAAAGGUCCUUCGGCUGCAGAACCCAAUUACCGACAGUCAAUGCCCAGCCAAGCUGGAAAUCCUAAACCGGUGCAAAUUGGGAAUGCCAAGCCCAUCCCAAAGAUUCCUGAUCAUGAAAUACAAGGAUCCAAAGAGGCUCUGAUUCAAGACUUGGAAAGGAAACUGCGCUGCAAGGACAGCCUCCUCCACAACGGGAACCAGCGCCUGACAUAUGAGGAGAAGAUGGCUCGCAGACUGCUUGGACCCCAGAACGCUGCCGCUGUGUUGGACACUCAAAAUGACCAUGAAGCACAGGACUCUUCUCAGCAGCCCAACUCAGAAAAUGUGAGACUGCGGGUCCCAUCGCCUCAAGUAAGGAGUCGGUCAUCUUCACGAGGAGCUGUAAGUGAUCAGGAUUCCAUCCAAGAGAAGUUUUACCCACCACGUUUUGUUCAAGUUCCGGAAAACCUGUUGAUUGAAGAGGGAAGAUUCUGUAGGAUUGACUUUAAGGUGAGCGGCCUGCCGGCUCCCGAUGUGACCUGGUAUUUAAACGGAGCUCCGGUUCACUCAGAUGAUUUUCACAAAAUGAUAGUGUCCGAGAAAGGGUUCCACUCGCUCAUCUUUGAGGUGGUCAGAGCCUCCGACGCAGGGGCUUACGCCUGUGUUGCUACGAACCGCGCAGGAGAAGCCACCUUUACGGUGCAGCUCGAUGUCCUCGCCAAAGAGCACAGGAGGGCACCCAUAUUUAUCUUCAAACCACAAAGCAAAAAGGUCUAUGAGGGAGAAUCCGUGAAACUCGAAUGCCAGAUCUCGGCCACCCCUCCACCAAAGCUUUUUUGGAAAAGAAACAACGAAAUGGUUCAGUUCAACACCGACCGGAUAAGUUUGUAUCAUGACAACUCUGGACGAAUCACCCUACUGAUUAAAGAUGUGACCAAGAAAGAUGCUGGAUGGUACACCGUGUCUGCAGUUAACGAGGCAGGAGUGACAACGUGCAACACACGACUGGAUGUGGCAGCCAUUCCAAACCAAACUCUUCCAAACCCUAAGCAACUCAGAGUCCGCCCAACGUUCAGCAAAUACUUAGCACUCAAUGGGAGAGGCCUGGAUGUGAAGCAAGCGUUUAACCCUGAGGGAGAAUUCCAGCGCCUGGCUGCUCAGUCUGGACUUUAUGAAAGUGAAGAGCUGUAACAGAGGACCCCAACCAGCUGCUGGGAACCCUAGGCCACAGCGUGCUCACAUCCGAUCUUUGAAUGAACCCAUAGGUGCCGUGAACAGAUUUUUGCUUCUACUAGGCAACCUCAUCCUACUGUAUGUAAUGGUGUUUCUAAUAUGACUUGCACACACUAUCUGCUCAGUUUAUCAUGACUAAAUCUGUUUGUAUGGGUUUGGGAUUGUAGACAGCUGCUCUGAAAUAUGAUCAUUUGACCCGCUCACCCACAAAAACCUGACACAUGCUGAAUAUUAAGUGGUUAAAAAAAACUCUAGGGCUGGUUGUGAGUCUAUUUUAUUUGUAAUGCUUUCCAAACACUGUCACCUUCUGUAACAGUACUGUUUUGUGCAGGAAUACCAGAAUGGUAUAGAAUAUCGGAAUGUUCCAGGAGUUUUAAGUCAAAAGUAAAUAAAGCUUUAAAUAUCCAU